UCCAACGAUGACGAGAGCUUUUACCCUCCAAUCCAGUUGGUGGCAAUAUUGAGCCAUUGAUUGAUGUAAAUCUCCAGUCCACAUUGAAGAGUAUUCAUGAUCGAAACAUAACACAGUACAACUCGACGUGCAACACAUGUUCAUCACUUCAGGAUGAAACAAGAAUAUCAGGACCUUAUUCUGCAGGAGUGUGGUGCAAAGGCUCUGCGUGUUGGUGACACAAUCCAGACGCUGUGGAGCGGCUAUGGCCAGAUUGUGAGGGUCCAUUUAGAUGGCUGUGACCGCCCCUCUGUCGUUGUCAAACAUGUCAUGUUCCCAAAGGAAGCCGAGCACCCUGGAGGCUGGAACACAGACCUGUCUCACAUGCGCAAGGUGAGGUCCUACCAAGUGGAGACACACUGGUACCAGAACUACUCCACCAAUGAUGGCUGUCGAAUGCCAGCCUGCCUGGCUGCUUGUUCAUACGGGGACGAAAAGCUGAUCGUUCUGGAGGACCUGGAUGUGGUGGGCUUCGACCAGAGAAGAACCAGCGUUAGGGAUGCAGAGAUGAGGGCCUGCCUCAGCUGGCUGGCCCACUUCCAUGGCCUCUUCCUGGGGGUGGUGCCAGAGGGGCUGUGGCCCGUAGGUACCUAUUGGCACCUGGAAACACGCCCUGACGAGCUGAAUACCAUGGAUGACGCCCAGCUCAAAGCAGCUGCCGGGGAGAUUGACAGGAUCCUCAAUGAAUGCAGCUUCAAGACAAUCGUUCACGGAGAUGCCAAACUAGCCAACUUCUGCUUCUCUGAGAGUGGGCAGGGUGUGGCGGCAGUGGACUUUCAGUACGUGGGCGGAGGCUGUGGGAUGAAGGAUGUUGUCUACCUCCUGGAGGAAAUAGAGGAGAAACAGCUUGAAAAGAGGGUUCCUGGCCUGCUGGACUACUACUUCACAGAACUGAGGGCAUCGGUGACCAAACAGGUGGACUUUGCUGCCCUGGAGAAAGAGUGGAGGGAGAUGUUUGCCUUUGCCUGGACAGACUUCCAUCGCUUUCUCCUGGGAUGGAUGCCAGGACACCGGAAGAUCAACAGAUACACUAAGCAGCUGACUAAAGAGGUGCUGAGGAAACUGAAACGGUGACUUAAGCCUCUGCCAUUUAGGCUCAAUCACCUGCUGAUUGGACUGGAUUGUAUUGAGGGAUGUAGAUCAGAAAAACUGAUUUGACUGACAUUGACUGACAGAAACUGACAUUUCUAUCAUCCAUAUGCACAAAACCAUGUAAACACCCGUUAGUAUGCAUCACGUGUAUGUACUUUAAUCGGUUUAAUAAUACUUUACUGUGGAUAUGUACAACAACAAGAAAUGGCCAGUUCAAAUCAGGAGUUCAAAUAUAAUUUUAUUCAACAUUUGACAGACAAGGGACAUUUAGUUCUCUAUGUAAGUGUGUAUGGCAUUGCCUACACAAUUUAAGGAAUUGCCACGUUUCGUGACUAAGCUGCAAUUUGAUAUCUGCAGAUAAACUUAAUAAAGCACUUUUAAUUCCCACCUUGCAGUGUUUUGGUUCUGCAUAGC